UAAAAAGACAAAAGUAGCCCGAUCCCACCUUUUCGGCAACACCCAAAACACCUUAGACAUGUCACGUUUCUUCCGUUCUGCCUCAGACAGCGAAUCCGAUUCCGAGUCCUCUGACAACGAGUCCUUCAUUUCCGAUGACUUGUCCGACAACGAAGUCGAUUCCGAAGGAGAAGAAGAAAAGCAACAAGACGAUCAGCCCAAAAAAUCACGUUUCUUGAAGGGUACUGGAGACGACUCUGACGAUGACUCUGAUAAUGAAUUCGGUGGAAAGCGUCAGGUCAAAUCGCAAAAAGACAAGCGUCUUGAAGAAAUGCAGGGAUCUGUAAAAGCUAUCGAAAAUGGACAAAAGAAUAGCGAUUGGACCCGAAUCACAAAUGAAUUCGACAAGUUGGCUGUCAGCGUAACCAGAGCAACUACCGGUUUCGACAGCAUUGAAGUUCCCAGAUUCUACAUCAAGGUUCUUUCAGACCUUGAUGAUUUUAUGCAGGAAACCCUCCAAAAGGAAAAGUCUGCCAAGAAGAAGAUGAGUGCAGGAAACAACAAGGCUGUCAACGCCAUGCGUCAAAAGUUGAAGAAGAUCAACAAGCAGUACGAAAAGUCAAUCGCAGAAUACAAAAAGGAUCCCGAAGCUUUCAUGGUCGAGGAAGAAGAAGAGGAGAUCCCUGAGCCUAUUGUGAAGAAAAAGGUUACCCCAAGUGAGAAGGUUUCUUCCGUAGAAACUGAAGCUGUUGAUGAUGGCUUCACCUCAGUUGGUAAGGGCGGUAAGGCUGUUGUUGAGGUGACCAACGAAACCCUCCUGACUAAGCUGAGAGAGACUCUCGAAAACAGAGGAAAGAAGAACACUGAUCGUGAGGAACAAGUUGCUGUUUUGGAAGUUCUCCUCCAAAAGUCAAAGUCGCCUUUCCAGAAGAUCUCGGUUCUCCUUGCUUUGAUCUCUUCCCGCUUUGAUAUUAACCUCAGCAUGGUUGAGUAUAUGCAACUGAAACUUUGGAAGUCAGUCGAGAAAGAACUCAACCUUCUUCUCGAGGUCCUUGAGGCUAACCCUGCAUUCGUUGUUUGCGAAAAUGCCGAGGAUCUCGAUAACGAAGAUAAGGAUAUAACGCCAGCUGCUGGUGAGACUAUCAAGAUCCGUGGUUCCAUCGUCAGUUACGCUGAACGCCUGGAUGAUGAAUUCACUCGUUCGCUCCAGCACAUUGAUCCCCACACUACUGAAUACAUUGAUCGUCUCCGUGAUGAGCCUUCUUUGUACGCUAUCUUGGUUCGCACACAAUCCUACUUUGAGGAGUAUCAGAUGAAGGAUAACAUCUCUAGAGUUCUUAUCCGCAGAUUGGAGCACAUCUACUACAAGCCUGAGCAAGUCAUUCGCUCCAUUGAGUCAGCCACCAAGGAGCUCUUGCCCAAGUAUAUUUCUUCAAAGAUCACUUCAUCUGAGGAUCCUACUCAACUCAUUCACCAGAUCUGCUCUUACCUCUACAAGCAAAGCGCAUCUGUUCUCCGCACACGCGCCAUGCUUUGCCAUAUUUAUCAUUUUGCCCUCCACAAGGAUUUCCACACUGCUAGAGACAUGUUGUUGAUGUCCCAUUUGCAGGAAUCCAUUCAUCAAGCCGAUAUUAAUACACAGAUCCUUUUCAACCGCACAACUGUUCAGAUUGGUCUCUGCGCUUUCCGUGAUGGUUUGAUUAAAGAAGCACAUGCUGCUCUCCAGGAGAUUCAGGGCUCUGGUCGUGUUAAGGAAUUGUUGGCACAGGGUAUCCAGGCACCACGUUACGGUCAGCAGGCCACACCAGAGACAGAUCAGCUCGAACGUCAGCGCCAGCUUCCCUUCCACAUGCAUAUUAACCUCGAAUUGCUCGAGUGUGUCUUCUUGACUUGCUCGAUGCUUUUGGAGAUCCCUGCUCAAGCACAGGCUGGACCUAACAACAAGAAGUUUAUCUCUAGACCCUUUAGACGCCUUUUGGAUUACAACGAGCGCCAGGCAUUCUCUGGACCUCCCGAGAACACCAGAGAUCACAUCAUGAGCGCUGCAAAGGCACUUGCAUCAGGAGAAUGGGAAAAGGCUAGAGACUUCAUUCUGGCUAUCAAGGUCUGGGAUCUUAUGCCUGAGACCCAGGAUAUCAAGGACAUGUUGGUCCGUAAGAUCCAGGAAGAGGGUCUCCGCACUUACCUUUUCACCUAUGCUUCCUAUUACUCUACACUCGGUCUGUCACAGCUGUCAGUCAUGUUUGGUCUUCCAGUCUCAAAUGUAUCUGCAAUUGUGUCUAAGAUGAUCUGGAGUGAGGAGCUGUCAGCAUCGCUCGACCAGGUAUCCCAGUGCGUUGUACUCCAUCAGGUUGAGCUGUCCAGACUUCAGGUUCUGUCUCUUCAGUUCUCUGAAAAGGCUGCUAACCUUGUAGACCAGAAUGAACGUCUUGCAGGUGUCGGUCGUGAUAAUUCCAAAAACCAUAAUUAGAAUACUCUCUCUGUUUUCUCUCUUUAAUUAUACUGAAAAAAAAAAGAAAAACACAGUAAUCAUGUCG